ACUUGGUGCAACUAAUAAGGACCGCGAUCUAGCAGGCGAUCCCACUGUGACUUUUAUUUCCAAGUCCUGGAAUCCGGAAUCGGGCUGAUCGCAAUCACACAUGGAUUAUGCGUCCUCUGCCGCUCUCUGUUUGGUUUUGCUUUAGUGGAAACUUUGUCGGCAACUGUUUUCCAGUGAUCUAGUCGGAGCCAUGAUUUGCCUGCUGAGAUGGACGGCUCUCCUUUGGAUUAUCAACUCUCUCCGCUGCAGUUUUGGAAUGGCAGUGAUUGAACAAACAGAUGUCUCGUGCCCCCCUCUGAUGGUAGAGGACCACAGGUUCACGGAUGUUUUAGAUCGUCCCCUGCAGCUCACAGGAUUUGAUCUCACGGAGAGGUUCCUUCUCCGGAAGGGGACCGUCACAGAAGACCUGGAGUCAUACCGUCUAGGAAGCAGUCCACUAAUUAAGCCAACAAAGUCAAUAUUUCCAAAUGGACUUUCAAGUGAAUACUCUCUUGUGACCAUCUUCCGAGUAAGACGGACGACAAGAAAAGAUCGCUGGUAUCUUUUCCAGAUGUUCGACCAAACAGGAAGUAGUCAGGUAUCUGUAGUGGUUGAUGGUGGUAAAAAGGUGAUCGAGUUUUCCUCCCAGGACCUGGAAAAAAACCCUAUGCGCUACACAUUUAGGAGCCGUGACCUACAUGCCCUUUACGAUCGCCAGUGGCACAAGCUUAGCAUUUCAGUACAGACCAACAUCGUAUCCAUUUACAUGGACUGCAAGCUAAUAGAAAAGAGGCUGACUGAGGAGAAGAUCAGCAUUGACAUCAAUGGGCGCACUCUCAUCACCACACGCAUAGAAGAUGGAAGACCUGUAGAUAUCGAACUGAAACAGAUUCUUAUCUUCUGUGACCCUUAUAUGGCUGAGAUGGAAAGCUGCUGUGAACUGCUGGACCCAAGGUGUGAAGCCAAGACGACAUUUAAUGGGACUUCCCCACCCCCGGUUACAGAGCAGCUCCCCCAGAUGCUGUCACAGCCAGCCUCAAAGUCACUGGAGAGAUGUCAGUGUCCAGCUGAAAAGGGAGACACCGGGGACGUCGGCCUUUCUGGAAGCCCAGGACAAACGGGGGAACUUGGAUCAAAAGGGCAAAAGGGAAUCGAUGGAGAGAAGACUGAUGACGAAUGCCUCAAAGGACAUCAGGGCCCCCCCGGUGACAAAGGAGAAAAGGGAUUGCCGGGGGUGCCAGGUCAACCAGGGCAACCAGGCAAAGAGGGCAAAAGGGGGAGAAGAGGAAAGACUGGGGAGCCCGGACUCCAAGGCCUGCCUGGUCUCGCGGGAGCGUCUGAAGGCACAAGUGUCAAGGGGGAGAAGGGUGAGGCCGGAGUCCCGGGGGAGAAGGGGGAGAAAGGAGAGCCUGGUCAGACGGGCGCCGAAGGGGCUGGUGGGAUGAAAGGACAAAAAGGUGAUGCCGGCCCCCCUGGUCCUCCUGGUCCUGUGAUGACAGCUCAUGGAUUAAGACAGCUCUCUGGAACUGAUGACGUGAAGGAAAGAACCCAGAAGGGAGAGAAAGGAGAUCAGGGUGAGAAAGGAGCUCAAGGACCUCAAGGCCUCAAGGGCUCGCCUGGACCCACCGGACUCCCAGGACUCCCGGGCGAGCCAGGCUCUUCGGGGGGGCCUGGAAGAGAUGGCCUGAAAGGAGAAAAGGGGGAUUCUGGUGGUAUGACUGGGCCCCAGGGACCUCCAGGUCCAAAGGGUGAGCCUGGAGAGCCUGGAGGUGGCUAUAUGGUCGAUGGCUCGCCGCUAACCAGAGGCUCUCGUGGGCCCAAGGGGGAAAGAGGAGUCCCAGGACUGCCUGGAGAUCACGGUGAAAAAGGUGAACCUGGAGCAAGUGGACUGGGGCCACCUGGCCCGGUGGGAGCCACGGGAAAGCCAGGGAUUGAGGGCCCUCGUGGUCCCCCAGGUUUAUCAGGCCCCCAAGGAGCUCCGGGAAGAGAGGGCCCCCCUGGUAGACCGGGCCCCCCAGGCCCUGCUGGACCCCCGGGUGAGCCAACUGCCUUGCCAAUUGUUGGAGACAUGGGCGCCUUGCUCAAGAAUGCCUGCAGUGUGUGCCAGACGCGGAUCCCAGGGCUGCCCGGACAGAAGGGAGAGAAGGGGUCCCCUGGAGUGCAAGGAGUGGAAGGCAUGGUGGGAGAGAAGGGGGACCCAGGCGUAAGAGGUCCUAUGGGUAAUCCAGGCAAAGAAGGCCCAAAGGGAGUGAAGGGAGAGAGAGGCUUCCCAGGCCCUACAGGAGAUAAAGGCGAUGAGGGGCCGACAGGAGCUCCAGGACUUCCUGGUGUGAUCGGCCGUACCGGAGCCCCGGGGCUUAUGGGUAGACCCGGUCCAAUGGGCCAAUCAGGAGUCAAAGGAGAAAAAGGAAGUGAAGGCCCGCAGGGCAGACCAGGGCUUCCAGGGCCUCCGGGUGUGCCGUAUGUGGAGGGCAAUGGGAUGAGCAGUCUGUACAAGCUACAGAGCGGUGGAGCUGUUCUAGGACCCCCAGGAGCUCCCGGUGCUCCGGGUCCCAAAGGAGAUGAAGGACCUGCUGGGGAACCGGGGGCCAUGGGACUACCUGGGCUCGAAGGGCUGCCCGGUGCCAAGGGAGAUAUUGGUUUGCCCGGUCCAGCUGGGAUAACAGGUCCUCCAGGGAAGCCCGGCGCUCGUGGAGAACCGGGGAUCCCAGGAGAGCCGGGUGAGAGGGGCCCGCUCGGAGAGACAGGAUUCCCAGGGCCCGAGGGACCCCAAGGUGUUCCUGGCAGACCUGGGAAAGAUGGAACUCCUGGAUACAAGGGUGCUCUAGGUAGACCAGGAGACCGAGGAUCCAAAGGAGAACGGGGUGAUUCGGGGAUUCCUGGAGAACGAGGGGUUCAAGGCGAGAGAGGUCGCACAGGGGAUCCUGGCCCUAUUGGACCCACUGGACCACAAGGUGAAAAGGGCGACACUGGCCCUCCAGGGGAGCUGGCAAGCGCGAUCCUCUUGAAUGAUCCCAGCUUCAUGACAGAACUCAAGACGCUAGUUCGAAAUGAAGUGUUGAAAGUCUUUGAAGAAAAGCUAUCGAGCGCUCCCAUGCUUAAGAAGACGCCUGCAGGCAUCUUAGCUUCACAAGUUCAGGGGCCUCCGGGACCUCCUGGCAAGGACGGACUACCAGGUCCACCAGGAGAGCCUGGACCUCCAGGUCCUCAAGGAUACAGAGGUCAGAAAGGAGAACGGGGUCAGCUUGGUCUGGGGUUGCCAGGAGAUGCAGGACCCACAGGACCACCAGGGCCUCCUGGGAGGACUUCUCAGGGCCCGCCUGGUUCUCCCGGGCCCCGUGGACCUCCUGGGACAUGUGACCCCAGUGACUGCAUCCUGCCGUCCCUAUGAGGCAGACGAGCGCUUCAGGUCGGCCCACAGACGUCCGGCUCCUCGGCGCUGGUUCAUCACAGAUCACAACUGACCUCCUUUGUUCAGUUUACGAUAACAUUUGGGCGCAGCUGGGAUUUCGUUUUUUUCUGCGUGUGUUUUGAAUGCAACAGAAAACCUUUGAGUUUGUUUUGUUUGUUGGUUAACGCUGUACUUAAGUUAUUUCCCGUUCUCACAUCUCCUACUGCGAUGUAAUGCAUUCCUUCUCAACUCUCAUUGUCUUUCAAGACCGUGAAAUGACUUUGUUUUGUCACGUUCAGUUCUGUCUGAAAACAUGAUCUUAAUUAUUUGUUUGCCUCCUUAAUAGGCGUGCCCGUACACUCUCCUGUGCUUAUUCAGAUAAGACACUGUGCUGGCAGACGUUUCCUCCCGUGUGUGUGUGUGUGUGUGCAUGCGAGAGAUUAGCUGAAUGAAUAAACCUGUUUUAUGUGUAGGUGUGAGGAAAAAAUAGAUUAGUGAAACUUCUUAUGCAACCAAAGGGAAGCAGAUGUGUCUGAUAUGGAAAUUAUUUAUUUAGAGUGUGUCCUUCAGAAACGCUUUGGACAGGUGGUACUAAUAAUUGCAACCAAUGUAGCAUGGAUAUUAUUAUUGGAAGGUGGAAUGCGAUGUGUCCGAUUUACUGCGUUUGCUUUUUUUUGGCCGUGAUACAUUUGGAAUGUGAAUGAAAAUGGCUUUUUAAAGGAGCCAGCAGUAGAACCAUCGAUCAACACUUCUACGUCUUCCCGUUUUCUAUACAUUAGGCCACAUUUGUAAAUGAAACUGAGGCAGGAUUAUGCUAAAUGAGCGUGGCGUGACCUCAUGCUCACCUUUGCUGUUGGUUUCGUGUGUACAUAAGCUGCACUUUGUGUGUUUUUCUGUUCUAACAGAGCUUCUAAUGGGACCUGACAACAUAAUUACGCCACACGGAGCGUUAUGGUUCUGAGCUUCUGUAUGAGCCGCACGUCACUGCAGUUUGUUCCUGUCUGAAACCUGUGUGUUGUUUACAUAGUGUCGCGUAUGAAGAUUUCUGUGGUGUAUUUGUAUAUUUUUGAUUUUCAGCCGCUCAAAGGAAAUCGGACGACUUCACUACAGUUUCAGACGUCUGUGCUCGGUGUGUCACUGUCUUCAUGAAUGUACUUGAACCUCCUUGUGGUUUGUUUUAAUAGCAUCAUGGUCGACAUCCUGGUUUUACGCUCACUGACCAGUGCUGUGUGUGUGGUUUUGGAUUUGGGGCAUCUCACAACUGGAAUUUAAAUUUAUUUAUUUGCUUUAACAGGAUUUAUUUGAACGUUCUCAGCUAAUUUUAAGUUCUUGGUCACCUUCCUCUGAGCAGGUCUUUCAGUAACUAUGUAUUUUUUAAUGUACUGUAUGAAGAUGAAUAUCUCAGUGAGUACAAACACUUUGAAAACUUGCAGAACUUCAAAACAGACAAAAACUUCAGCACUUUGGAUUUAAGUUAAUUUCCUGUUUGAAGAUUUAUAAUAAAACACAAUUUGUCUAUUUAAAAGUAACUUAGCUCUUAAAAUGACACUAAACACUGAUCUUAUUUAGAGGAAGACACCUAAAGAUAAUUAUCCUUUAGAAAGCUUUAUUUUACUUCUGCUUUAAUUUGGGACGCUGUUUAAUAAAAGUGUGACUCAAAGGCUUUAAUUCUACUUUUAAGUGUUCUGCUGUGAUUAAUGUUUGAACAUUUCUGUGGGCGUAUCUGACAUUUGGUGACGUUGGGAACUAGAUUCUCUCUGAGACUUGAUUCUUCAUCCUUUAAGAUCCGUUUGACACUUUUACCUUUUCUUCAUGUCUCACAUCAUAGAGAUUCAUUAUGCUUUUCUUACACAUGUAAAUUAUAACUCGCAUCUUCUGAGCAUUUUGCUACAUUUUUUCCAGGGAUGCCAGCUUAGUUUUAUCUCUGUUCGGUUUUAUCUGUGUGAGUAGGUCUAAUUUUAGAAGGGUAUUGAAUCUGAGCUGUGGUCUUGACUUCAUUUGUGAGUUUGAAGAGCCCCCUGCUGGACGUCUUUUUUUCUCUCACCACUUCCAAUGUGAAUGAAAAAUUUCUGUGUGUUAUGGGCGACAUAAAACCUUCUAUUGACUUCUGUCCAUUCGCACUAAUUUUCAUAUUCCUCUUAAUGGAUUCCCCUCUUAGACAAUAAAAUUGACCUUGACCGAAUCCAAACUAGCCAACAUCAGCACACGGCUGCGAGCUGAACUUUCUGGUGCACUGAGGGGGGAAUUCAUAUGAAUGUGCAGCAGUUUGUGGCUUCAAUUUAGCUAAACAGUGUGAUAACUAGAGAAGACACCAAAUGGCUUCUGGUGUCACAGCCCACUUCACCAGCAGUUUGGUGCAAACCAUUUUACAUCACUCUAAAUCCAUUUAAUCUAAGUGAGAAAUAUCGGCUGAGAGCAAAGUCAAAGGAUGGAGGUGUUGCGAGUGGAGGCAUCCUUGUCAAGUAAUGCAAUAUCACUUAAAGCAUUUUUACAAUAAUGCAACGUGAUCCCGUUGCCACAUGUAAUCGAAUCUUGUAAAUAAGCUUGUAAUGAGGAGGAAUAUGGAUCAGGCUCUCAGCGUGGUCCCUCGGAUUUAAAACGUCCGCCUGCUGCUCUCACCAGCUCCUCUCAGCGCCUUUAUAAGCUCGUGUCGUGCCGAGUGAUUUCAGUGUGUGUUCCUGUCCGUGUUUGCUUGAUUAUCUACCUCAGUCUUGGUUUACCACAUGCCUACAUCACUACCUGUUUUGGGAAAACUCUCACAACACUAACUGUUGCCUUUCACUGUAAAAGCUUUUGAAACCUUGAGUGUAAAAACAGAACUCUGUCCGGUGAAUAUGGAUCUGCCUCUUGAACUGUUAAUACUGACAAGAAGGACGUUCUGCAUAUGUGGUUACCAUGUAUCAGAGGUUAUUAUUUUAUUAUUUUAAACCUUUCUUUUCUUUAUUUUAUUUACUUUAACCUAAUAGCAGCUGCCUUACAUGUGUGCAAUAAAUGCUACUUAUGGCUUUA